AUGACCUGGAGCAAUCCCGCCUCGAUGAUGCCAUCGUACUACGUCGCAAGUUGCACGCCGCGUUAUGUGCCCACACCGAGGGACUACGCCUUAGCGCCGGCAUCUACCGUGGCGACUUACGCACGCUUCCGACCUUCCUUGGCGACGAUAAGACAAGUUAUGGCGACGUGCAGCGCCCUCCGACACCUGCACCUCGCCACAUCGGACUUCAAGACGAUCGUCGAACACCUCCCAUCGCAAGUGCAGCUCGACAAGCUUUCGAUCCUCUACGCCGUCAACGCCACAUCGGGCUCGCUCGCAGCCGCCAACGAGACGAAUGAGAUGCUGACUGCCCCUUGCUUGCACAAACUUUAA